AUGGUAUUUGAAGACGUAGAAUAUAAAGCUUUGAACAUUCGAGGAAGUCUUGGUUCCGAGGACGUGCCGGUGUCGCCGUGGAAUGUACUAUUGAAGAUUACAAAGGAGGUUGCGGCUGCUAUUACUUACCUUCACACUGCUUUCCCUAGAAUCAUUAUACACAAAGACAUCAAGGCAACUAAUAUUUUCUUGGAUAAGAACUGGAAGGCUAAGCUCACUGAUUUCUCCCUUGCUGUGACACUCCCUGCGGGUAAAUCGUGGAUUAAAGAUAGGGUGAGUGGAACUCCUGGAUACUUAGAUAGUACUUAUUCGUCUACGGGCAGCAUAGUGACAGAAUACGCAGAUGUGUACAGCUUUGGAAUCCUUAUGUUGGUUCUUCUUAUGGGAAGACGACCAGAUAUGGAUGGACCAGAGUUUACUUAUUAUAUUCUUGAUUAUGCGAGGGAUCUGCAGGAGAGAGGAGAACUUAUUGAAUUCGGGGGCGGUUCGAAGGACAUGAGGCCUGGUCAGAUGAAAAUGUUUCUCGACCUGGCACUCAGAUGCUGCGCGAUGAGGAAUGAAGACAUGCCAAAGAUGAUCUUGGUUGCAAAAGAGAUCUUGGUUACAAGUAUCACUCUGAGGAUACAUCAAAACAUUCCUCCAUCAUCAAUCAAUGUAGCAGAGAAAUUUGCAUAG